AUGACUUCCUGUCAGACUUUGGUCAUGGCCAAUGUGUCUUCUGUGUCUGACUUUGUUUUUCUGGGGCUCUCUAAUUCCUGGGAGCUACAGAUGUUUUUCUUUAUGGUGUUUUCACUGUUUUAUGUGGCAACAGUGGUGGGUAAUAGCCUCAUAAUCUUCACAGUUGCUGCUGACUCUCACCUGCACUCUCCUAUGUAUUUCUUGCUUACCAACCUUUUUACUAUUGAUGUGUCCCUUGCUUCCUUUGCCACUCCCAAGAUGAUUACAGACUACCUAACUAGUCAUAAAACUAUCUCUUUUAAUGGCUGUAUUACACAGAUAUUUUUGCAUCUUUUCACUGGUACUGAGAUUAUUUUACUAAUGGUUAUGUCUUUUGAUAGAUCUAUUGUAAUCUGUAGGCCCUUGCAUUAUGCUUCAAUCAUUAGUCCCCAGGUAUGUAUUGCCCGUGUGGUAGCUUCCUGGGUGGUGGGAAUCAUCCAUUCAAUGAGCCAGGUUAUAUUUGCUCUCACAUUACUAUUCUGUGGCCCCAACAAGGUAGACAGCUUUUUCUGUGACCUUCCUGUGGUGUUACAGCUGGCUUGUGUGGAUACUUACAUUCAAGGCUUCUUUAUGAUCUCAGCAAGUAGCAUUAUUGCUUUGUCCUGUUUUAUUCUUUUAUUUAAUUAAUAUGUGAUUGUCCUGGUUACUAUCAAGAAUCAUUCCUCCAGAGGUUCAUCUAAAGCCCUUUCGAUCUGUACAGCUCAUUUCAUCGAUGUCUUCAUAUUCUUUGGGCCAUGCAUUCUCAUCUACAUGUGGCCACAAAGCAGCUUUGUGACAGAGAAGAACUUGUCUGUGUUUUAUACCAUCUUUACACCCAUUAUGAACCCAGUUAUCUAUACUUUGCGAAAUCAAGAUGUAAAAACUGCCAUGAUGAAGUUCAAAAAUAAGUUUCUAAAUUCCAAUAAGCCCACAUCUUCUCAAGUUUCUCAGUUCUAA